AUGUGUCAGAUCAGUCAUUUUUCCACAUGUGCAUGCCUGAGUAACAGAAAAAGGUAUCGAUCCUUCUUCAGAACAAUACCCAGUGAUUAUUACCAAAGCAGAGCACUGGCUCAACUUGUCAAGCACUUUGGUUGGACCUGGGUUGGGACAGUCAGGAGUCGCAGUGACUAUGGUAAUAAUGGCAUUGCAGCAUUUGAGGAGGCUGCAAAAAAAGAAGGGAUUUGUAUUGAAUACUCAGAGACCAUAUUAAGAACUGAUCCUCAGGAGCAGUUUCUAAAGACACUGGAAGUGAUAAAGAAAGGCACCGCCAGAGUGGUGCUGGCUUUUGUUGCAUUAAGAGAUUUUUUUCCCCUUGUGAAUGUAAUUGCACAACACAAUAUCACAGAUCUGCAGUGGGUUGGCAGUGAAUCCUGGAUCACUUCCCGCACUGUUGCAGAAACAAAGGAAUACAGUUUCCUAUCUGGAGCUGUGGGUUUUGCCAUAGCAAAUGCCAAACUUGUGGGUCUGCGAGAGUUCCUAGUGAAUGUGCACCCUGAUCAAGAACCAAAAAAUGAACUUUUAAAAGAAUUCUGGGAAGCAGCUUUUCAGUGCUCUUUCAGGACCAGUGGCAGUGGUGGCUGUACAGGCACAGAGAGACUGGCUGAGCUGCAAAACGAAUAUACUGAUGUGUCAGAGCUACGAAUAGCAAAUAAAGUGUACACUGCAGCGUAUGCUGUCGCACAUACCCUACAUAAUGUAUUAAAAGAUUUCAGAUCCUCCACCAACAGCAGCAAAGGAGAACGGCCCACACCGCAAAAGGUGUUGGAGUAUAUGAGAGAUGUGAGAUUCACUGUGAAAACAGGUGAAGAAAUCUUCUUUGAUGCAAGUGGUGAUCCAGUGGCGAGAUAUGACCUGGUGAACUGGCAACCUGCUGGGAAUGGAGGCCUGCAAUUCAAGCAUGUGGGUGUCUAUGACAGUUCACUGCCUUCAGAGCAACGUCUUCAAGUCAGUCAGGAACACGUGUUAUGGGCAGGAAACAGUGGAAAGUUGCCUGUGUCCGUGUGCAGUGAGAGCUGCCCCCCUGGAACUAGGAAGGCUGUGAAAAAAGGACGACCUGUCUGCUGUUAUGACUGUAUUCCAUGUGCAGAGGGAGAAAUCAGUAAUGGCACAGGUAAAAUAGUACAUGCUGGAUAACUCUUAUUAAAGUAUGAUAAAGUAAAAUGAGCCAUUCUCUAAAGUAUUUUUUUUUUUUUUUUUUUUUCCUUUACAGAUUCUAGUAACUGCUUUCCUUGCCAUUUAGAGUACUGGUCGAAUGAAAGCAAAGACAGAUGUGUAUUAAAAGUGGUUGAAUAUCUUUCUUAUACAGAAAUCAUGGGGAUGUUGCUUUGUAUUUUCUCCUUCAUUGGGGUGUUA